CCAGGGCUCCAUGCCUUGGUCGGCGCUUCUUUAUAUAAUGCCAUCCGUCAUGGCUCCGUCGUGGUUAUCUACUGCAUCCACAGGGUGCAAUCUCAACCCGACGAUAGCCAGGUGUUGAUCCAGUAGUUCCCGCCCCUGCAGGGUUUCAAUCAAACCAGUUUUUUAUAUCAAGCCUCGUGCUCCACUUGCGCCCCUUGGUCGUGUGUUCUUCUUCCCGUCAUUGCCGGCACUCACCAUGGACAUCAGAGGAAAACAGCCCUCGACUUGGGACGACUACGAUGGCUCCGCCAGGGCCUCAAUCGACUCGGAUACGGGCAGCCGUGUGCAGUGGGACCGCCUCGAGAGGCGCCCCAGUGGCGAGAGCAACGCGACAAACGGAGGCCGCUGGUCAGGAGCAGCGACUGAAUUGCGGCGACGGCGAUCUUCCAUCGGCCAGCAGUUUGGCGCACUGGGCGACGCUGGCGGCGUAAACAGCAUCAACAAUUUCGCGCGAUCAUGGCAGCGUGCCGCAGGCUUCUUCGAAAUCACUCCUGUGCGACCCUCGUUCCGCGUGGAGCAAGGCGACGGCGAUAGCGACGGCGCCGACGAAGACGGCGACACUGACGCGGCUGAUUUUUCGCGCAGCAACCUCCCAACUCCCAUCGCAGACCAACGAUCAGCUCUGCGCAAUGCUCUGCAGACCGAGGGAAGGCGUGCAUCAGACAAUGCAGUCACAGAUGAAGAGCAAGGUGCCACAGAGCAGACCCAGCUGCUGCCCCAUACAGUCGAGCAGCGUCUGAGAGGAAGGGGAUCUAGCAUAUUCCAAAUCGAGCCCUCGCUAUCCUCGCCCUUUGGAGCAAGCUACGGCACUGCCUACGGCAGUCUGAGCUCGCGCGUCAACGAGUCCUCAAUGCGCCAUGCCGGGCGAUUGUUCACCGAGCAGCAGCUCAAGGGCGCUACAGAGCCCGAACAGGAGCGAGAGCCACUUCUUGUCAAGCAAGUCGAGGAGGAUGGCCAUAUUAUCAACGUGGUUGUGGGCCAAUCUACCAUGCCUCAGACCAUUUUCAAUUCGGUCAACGUGCUGGUGGGCGUGGGACUGCUCACUCUUCCUCUGGCUUUCAAGUACUCGGGUUGGCUGAUUGGUAUGGUUUUCCUUGCCUGGUCAGCCGUCGUCACUGCCUACACUGCGAAGUUGCUUGCCAAGUGUCUCGAUGUCGAUGGAUCCUUGAUCACCUUCGCCGAUUUGGCUUAUGUUUCAUAUGGCUCAAAAGCCCGAGUGGCCGUCAGCAUGCUGUUCUCCCUUGAGUUACUCGCAGCUUGUGUUGCACUUGUGGUGUUGUUCGCUGAUAGUAUGGACGCGCUGAUUCCUGGAUGGGAUAUCUUGCAAUGGAAGAUCUUGUGUGGUGUGAUUUUAAUACCACUAAGCUUCCUACCACUCCGCUUUUUGUCGUUUACAUCUGUCUUGGGUGUUAUGUCUUGCUUUGGAAUUACCAUCGCAGUCUGGAUCGACGGUCUUGUGAAGCCAGAUGCCCCCGGCUCCAUUCGCCAACCAAUGACACAAUACCUGUUCCCCGAUAACUGGCUUACCGUUCCACUCUCCUUUGGUCUUCUCAUGUCUCCCUGGGGUGGCCAUUCUGUUUUUCCAAACAUUUACCGCGACAUGCGACACCCCUACAAGUACCGCAAGUCUGUCAACGUGACCUACAUCUUCACCUACAUUAUCGACGUCGGAAUGGCAUGCGCUGGCAUUCUCAUGUUCGGCGAUGGCGUCUUGGAAGAAAUCACGAGCAACAUAUUCUUAACCGAGGGGUUCCCUAAGGGCAUUUCAGUAUUCAUCGCCAUCUGCAUUGCCAUCAUCCCGUUGACUAAGAUCCCGUUGAAUUCUAGACCCAUUGUAAGCACCCUCGAGCUUCUUUUUGGCCUAGACGCACGAUCUCUGGCCAUGUCACCUUCCAUGGACGGCAUGGACGGUCUCACCCGGGGAUUCUUCAAGAUCUCUUUACGCAUCAUUACGAUUGUUUUGUUUGUUUUCAUCGCUAUUGUUUUUCCCUCAUUCGAUCGCAUCAUGACACUUCUCGGAAGUGUCGCUUGCUUUAGCAUUUGCAUCAUCCUACCGUUGAUGUUCCAUCUGAAGCUUUUCGGAAAAGAGAUAUCCAGUGGAGAGAAGAUGAUGAACUGGGUGCUGAUCAUUGUCAGCGCCAUAAUGGCCGUUGUCAGUACUGUGUUUGCUUGCAUACCUAAAGAGCUUCUUGAAUCAUAGGUACAGAAGAUGUUGAUGGGUAGAGAUGCGAAAAGUCUAUACGUGGCAGUGUUUUCUCAGUAUGCAUGAAGCACGAUAUCCGGGAGAAUUUGGCGUUUUUGAAGCAUUUACUCUAAUUUCCUUCUAGCCAUGAACUAUGUAAUUUACAGGACACAUCAUUGGAUGUUGGGUUUCACAGGCUUCACAGGCUUCACAUAUACGAUUGUUACCUGAUUCUGUCACUUUUCCUUUCAUCCAAGAGUCAUAGCUCUAGAUUGCUUUCACUUUUCACCAAGCCGCUUCACGCCUACUAUAUAAAUCCAGAUUGUUCGAGUCAAAGCAAAGCAACUCUCUUCUCCAG